UUAUUUUUUUUUGCACAGUGAAGCACAAUUAUUUUAACUGUUCUAUCUUAAUAAAAAUGUUUGAUGAUAGUCAUAUAUCAACAAUAUAUCUCAACUCUAGAAAUAUACUAAAUUAUAUUCCUUUUAAAAAUAACAGCACAGAGGAACUAAAAGAUAUUAUUGAGAAGACAGUGAAGUAUUAUAAUAAUUUAACAAAUAAAAAUAAUUAUACUCAGGAAAAUGCUCAUUUAAUUUUAAGAUUACCAUUGAAUCAAAGUAAUAGUAUUCCUGAAGAGCGAAUCAAUUUAAAGUUUAGAGCUAAACUCUUUAUGUACAAAUGGGAUCCCAGUAUUGUCACAGAAGCUGUCAAUUUUGCCUUGAAGGAGUUACAUGUGGACAAUCUGGAUGUGUUGACCAUCGCCUUCCCCGAGUACUGCAGGCACAAAACGAAACCUGAGGAUUUCAAACCUAUUUGGUGUGAAGCCGAAAAAUUGUGUGACUCCAAAAAUCCCAAGGUCAUAUCGUUAGGUGUCAGCGAUUUGAACAAAAGUCAACUGGAAACGCUUACUAGCUGGGCCAGAGUUAAACCUUCUAGCAAUCAAAUCAACUCUAUAUUAUCCUGUAUUGUACCGGAAGACUUGACAAAUUAUGCCGACGAAAAUGGAGUUGCUUUAUUAACCCAUAAUGAUAAAUAUAAAAUUCUUUCGGACACAGAUUUCCAAGACUGCAUCAAACCAUUAAUUAAAGAUUGUAGCAAAUGGAAACCCAAUUUUGUUUUGAGGUACGUUGUUUCGAUUAAAUGCAGAGAAGUUUUAAAAGAAAAGGGCUAUAUGAUUAAAGCUAUUAGACAUUAAUUUUUUAAACACAAACCAAAAAAUUUAAUUUAAUUAAAUAUAUCCCAAAUCCAUCCAAAAUAUUUUUCCCAAUUUUAACAAUUUAUACUACAUUGGACACUGUUCAUCAGAAUAAAUUUUUUAUAUAUACUAUAUGAAUGAAUAUGAAUACUCUAUUUUUUUAUAUUGAAUUUUUUUAAUUGUAUAGAGUUGUUACUUUAUACAGUGUUAUCUCAUUGCUCCUGAAUUAUACUUUUACUUAUCAAAUUUUGAAUUGUAUGUUAUCGCAAUUUAAAAUAUAGUCACAAUAUAACUAAAAUACCAUUUUUAGGUCAUUUUUUAGCCAAAUUAUUUUAUAGCCAUGAUCACAUCACGACCUUAAAGUUUAGAUAACUUAAAAUAUUUAUUGUUAUAUUGUUCCUUGAAACGAGAUUAAAAAUGUUUCAAAUUGAGGUAAUAAAAUUUAGAUAUACUUUUUUUUGUUAGUAUAUCAGAAUGUUAUAUUUUUUUAAAUUUUCAAUGCAAUAGUUA